AUGAUGUCCAUCACCCGAACCAUUCGCCAGAAGCUGCCCAGCAACCUCAAGGCGGCUUCCAGCUUCUCACAGACCGCAGUCAAGACACCCCCAGCGGCCAGCAUCCACACUGUGAAACUCGUCCAUCUUCACGAAACUCUUUAUGCAUCCAAAGAGCCUAAAAUCCAGUUCCGAGGUUUGCAGAUACCUCAUUCCCCAACGUGCCCACUGUCAUCCCCAGCCCUUCAGGACCAAGCCCGUGUCACAGCCACAACACCCGACAUGCUCUACGGCAUUAACCCACCAGCCAGAGCUUCGAUCGCUGGUGCAGCUAAGAAAACGAUCUCUGCAUUGAUCUCGUCCUCAGCUGAGGUUCAGAUUAAUAAGUUUCGGGAGAGCCAUGGUCGCUUCCAGAACAAAUACCUAUAUGGCAACCCCCAACCAUUGCCAACGCCAGCUUCGAGUCAAAAAAAUACGCCAACGACUACUGAGCCAAAAGCCACUCCCACUUCUGAAGUAGUGUCCGAGAUCAAGAAGGAUGUCGCUGCAUCGGUCUUUGGCAACAAGGUCAAGAAAGCUCAGCGAGCCCUGGGUAAUGAAGACCUAUCAAAUGCAUUUGACUUGUAG